ACUUUAGACAAUUGACAUUGACAGUUUCAAACCGUUCCGAUUUCUGCAUUUCUGGGAAAAAGUAUUUUUUGGAAGUUUGUGAAGCUUGAAGCUAUUUAAUUGAAUUAAAUAAUUAGGUUGUGCUAGAAACAAAUAAAAAUGGCGCAUACGAUUCUGUUAGUACAACCGGGUAUGAAUCCAGAAACCCGUACCUAUUCUGAUUAUGAAUCCGUUAACGAAUGUAUGGAAGGAGUCUGCAGAAUAUACGAAGAACACUUAAAAAAGCGUAAUCCGAACACACCUACUAUUACUUAUGAUAUAUCCCAGCUCUUCGAUUUUGUAGACCAGCUCUCCGAUUUAAGUUGUCUUGUGUACCAGAAAUCAACAAACACAUACGCCCCAUACAAUAAAGAUUGGAUCAAGGAGAAGAUUUAUAUAUUACUACGACAAGCCGCAGGACAUGAAGUAUAAUAUUUUCGAAUGUAUUAAAUACUUAUGAGCUGUGAAGCAAAGUUACCUUCAAACCUAGCUAGUAAUAAUGUGUAUAUGUAUGUAUGUAGUGUAUACAUUUCUAACACCUAUGGGAACAUCCAUAAACUAUGUCACCACCCAUCACCUUUUUCGUAAAACCAGGAUUCACAGUUGAGGCCCCCUCAUGUCAAUGUUGCAAAUGCAACUCAUAACCCCCCUUCCCCCUUUUAAAAAAAUUCAAUGUUAUUUGAUUUUUUCAAAUUAAUAUUAAAACUUUAUUUACAAGUGUAAUGUUAAGAUUUAUAAUCUGCUUAAAAUAAUUUAAUUUAAUAAAAAAAUAUGUACACAGCUUUUAGGUAAGAACAUAUACUUACACUUAUUUCAUCCAUUCUAUGUCGACAUUAAUAUUAUUUUAUUGCUCUCUUUAUUUUCUACUGGGAAAGUUACUUCAGGAUAUAUAUUUUCUAUAUCGAUCAAUUCUAAAUAUUUAGAUUCAUCAGUAUCUUUAAAAAAGGCAUUUCAGAUUUCUAUAUUUAGUAAUUUUUAUUGGGCGAACUCAGCUGCAUAUUGAGCUAAUAUUCUGCUUUUUUCUAUGAACUUUUGAUCCAUGUAGUUCAACAGAUUUUUUGGUGGGACACUACACAUACAUGAUAGAAGCUAGUAAAAAAUUAUAUUUAUAAAGACAAAAUCGAUAAAUUUAAAUGACUAAAUGAUGUAGGAUGUGCACUGAUGUCCCACUCCCCUGUCAUAUACCAUCCUAAUAAGCAAAGUCCCCCUCCCUCUUCUGUAUGAAGUAGUUUAUGGAUGCUCUCUUUCUGGAAUAAAUUAUUAAGUUAUACUGAUUUUUCAGUCAAUGUUGUUUCUGAUAAUUUUAACUUUUAUGUAUUUUUUGUACAGUUUCAUAAAAUAGAACACCAAUAAAAUUGACAUGCUAGGAGCCAUGUAAAGUAUUUAAAAAAAUUAAAUUUUAUAUUGAUUAAAUUAUUUUAUACUGUAAAACAACUGAAAUGAAAAUGUGGGAGAAAACAAUUCCAUCUUGUGACCCACGGCUCAAAAAUUACAAAAUUUUUUCUUAAGCUAUAAACUGGUGAAGUAAGCUACAUAUAGAUAUCGAAUUUAUGAAAACAAUGUUACAAAAAAUGUCAUGUUUUGAUAAUUUGGCAGUAAAGUAAAUCAUAUGGACGGCGUUAUGCAUAACUCGACCAAGCACCAAAACAUAGUUUUGAGAUAAAUGGCUUCAAAGUUUUUCGUUUCUUGGUUGCUUAAUGGUCGCUUAAUGGUAAGUGGAUUAAUGUCGCUUGGUUUAAUUUUGUUUUUCUUAGUAACCGUUAAAGUGACAAUAACAGGGAUUUUUUCCAAGAUAGUUUUAGCUAUGUGUCACCAGAAUCCGCUGUUAUCUCGAUAUUAAAGAAAUGGCGCUUGGUCGAGUUAUGCAUCUCUCUUGGACCAUCACUCCUAGUGGAGUAUUGGGCGCAUCUGCGUUUCUUGGCCGAUAGUGUAAGACAGCUGGUGGCCAGCUCAGCGCGUCUUCUUGUGUUUAUUCUCUGGUUAAUCUGCGUACCAGUUCCUUCCAUUCUCCUCUGUUUCUUGCUUUGUUUUUCACUUCCCCCCAACUUAAGCCGAUUCUGUUGUGUUCUCUGGUUACUGUUUUCUUUCAAGUAUUAUCUGGUCGUCCCCUCUUCCUUGUACCCUCAGGUUGAUAUUCGAGUGCUUAUCUUGUGAUGUUACUUAACGUAUGGCCGAUCCAUUUCCAUUUCUUCUGUCUGAUUGUUGCUAUUAUACUGGUUUGUUUCGUUCAUUUCCAUAGUUCUUCAUUUGUUAUUAUAUUAGGCCAGUAAAUUUUUAAGAUCUUUCUUAAGGACCUAUU